GUGAGGAGGAUGUCUCUGUCCCUGGAACAAGGGGGCAACAAAGAGCCAGGAGGGACUCAAAGAGGCAUUUUCCCAUGAAUGGGGUGUGGACCAUGUCACAGGAAAACACAGAAGUCCUUGGAGGCUGUGACAGAAAGAGAGCCCACACUCAAGGGCCAAGAGAUGGUCUGCGUUCCCUUCCCUUUUUGCGUCUAUAUCUCCUCUGGCUCAUUGCCACCGAUAUCUCAACUUGAGCCAUUCAGAGACAUCACAGGAGUGUCUGAGCUGACAUGAGCUCCCCAGCACGGCAGGAACCCAUGUCCUCUGCAGCAGCUCUGGUUCUGGGGAUCCGUCCAUGGUGAGGACCACGGUUGUGGGGAUGAAGGAGACCAAUGGGGGAGGCUCUGGGAGGGAAGGACCUUCCCUGGUCUCCUCACUUGAUUGGGCAUCACAGGGAGACCCAGCGUUCCCCCGCUGCACCGUCAUGGACACCGGAGCCAGGCUAGGACCCUGGGCAGGGGUUGUUCACCUUCCUAUUGUCAUAUCCUGCGUACGUGACAACCCCAUGACAGGACACCUACCUCUUAGAACCACACCUUGUAUGUCUGCAUGUCCUGUGGGCACCGUGGUCUCACCCUCUGGCACAGUCGUCUCACCCUCUGCACAGCCAGAGUGAGAGAGACGAGACACCAUGACCCCCACCAUCAUGGCCUUGCUCUGUCUCGGGCUGAGUGAAGACCCCAGGAUGCAAGCACAGGCAGGGACCCUCCCCAAACCCACCAUCUGGGCUGAGCCCAGCUCUGUGAUGCCCUGGGGGACACCUGUGACCAUCUGGUGUCAGGGGAGCUUGGAGGCCCAGGAGUACCACCUGCAUAAAGAGGGGGACUCAUGGAAUUGGGAGACACGGAAGCCACUGGAGUCCGGGUACAAGGCCAACUUCUCCAUCACAUACAUGACAGAUGUAUAUGCAGGAAGAUACCACUGUGACUAUGAAUGCCCCAAUGACUGGUCAGAAUACAGUGACCCCCUGGAGCUGGUGGUGACAGGAUCCCAUGGCCAACCCAGCCUCUCAGCCCUGCCCAGCCCUGUUGUGACCUCAGGAGAGAACAUGACCUUCCAGUGUGCCUCACGGAUGGGAUUCCACAGAUUCGUCCUGAUGAAGGAAGGAGAGCGCCAGCCCUCCUGGACUCUGAACUCCCAGCCAGCCCCCCGUGGGGGUACCCAGGCCCUGUUCCCUGUUGGACCUGUGACCCCUAGCCUCAGGUGGACGUUCAGAUGCUAUGGCUAUUACAGCAACACCCCCCAGGUGUGGUCGGACCCCAGUGACCCCCUGGAGCUGCUGGUCUCAGGUGUGUCGGGAAAGCCCACCCUGCUGUCUCAACUGGGCCCUGUCGUGACCUCUGGACAGAGCCUGACCCUCCAGUGUCUCUCUGAUAUUGGCUACGGCAGAUUCGCUCUGUCCAGGGAGGGGGCACCUGACCCUCCCCGGCAGCUUGGCCGACAGCCCCAGGCUGGGUUGUCUGGGGCAGAUUUUCCCCUGGGCUCUGUGAGGCCCUCCCAUAGAGGCCGGUACUUGUGCUACGGUGGACACACCCUCUCCUCCGAGUGGUCGGCCCCCAGUGACCCUCUGGACAUCCUGCUUGCAGGUCAGCUGCCCUACGCACCCUCCCUCUCAGUGCAGCCACGACGCAUGGUGGCCCCAGGAGAGAAUGUGACCCUGCUGUGUCAGUCACAGAGCUCUGUGGACACUUUCCUUCUGUCCAAGGAGGGGACAGCCGAUCCCCCGCUGCGUUGUAGAUCGAAGUCCCGAGCUGGGCAGCACCAGGCUGAAUUCCCCAUGAGUCCUGUGACCUCAGCCCACAGGGGAACCUACAGGUGCUACGGCUCUUCCAGAACCUCCCCCUACCUGUUGUCACAGCCCAGUGACCCCGUGGAACUGCUCGUCUCAGAAGCAGCUGGCACCGUGAGCCCACCCCAAAACAACUCAGACCCCAGCAGUGUUGAGUAAGAGAAAGUCCCAGUGAUGGGGCUUGUAUGGAGGGAGUGUCCUGUGUGGGGAAGCAGGUCCCCUGGGUGGACAUACAGGAUCCUGGGGGAUUUGGGACCUCUCUGACCUCUGCAACCUCUCUGUCCUCAU